UCCGCCCGCCCGGCCGCGGCCCCCAGGAGGAGGCGCUGACGCAGCAGCGUGGAGCCCGGGAAUUGAGCGCCCCCGGGGGGUUCCAGCCGCCGGAUUCCAGCCCGGCCGGGGCCUGCGGGCGCCCGGAGCCGCGCCGUCCGCGCCGCCCGUCCCGGUUGGAGGGACCCCAUGACACACACUCGGAGGAAGUCCCUGUCCUUGCUGAGUUCUGGCUCUGCGGACCAGCAGGAGCCCCUGCAGAUGGAAGGCAGCAGCACGGAGCAGGGGGCCGAGGGCGUGGAGCCCGGCCGGCCAGCGAGCCCCGCGCACCUCACAGGGCGCCGCAAGAACUACCCGCUGCGGAAGCGGCCCCCGGUCCCCGAGAAGCCCAAGGCCUGCAAAGUGCUGCUGACCCGCCUGGAAAGCGUGUGCGGCCCCCGCAGCGCCGACGAGGCCGACGAGCUGCCCCCCGACCUGCCCAGGCCCCCCAGCCCCGCCCCGUCCGGCGAGGACGCCGGCCUGGUGCAGCCCCGCAAGCGGCGCCUGGCCUCCCUCAACGCGGAGGCCCUCAACAACCUGCUGCUGGAGCGGGAGGACGGCAGCCUGGCGGGCACGCGCCGCCCUGGCCGCGGAGACUCCCACCGCGCCCGCGACCGCGCCCCCAGCGGCUGGGCCGCCUCCAAGAAACGACCGCGGCUGGGAGAGGCGAGUCGGGACCUGUCCCCAGAGCCAGCCUCGGAGGAGGGCACCCGCCGAGAGGGAGACCCCGCGCCCAAGAGGCUGGCCAGCCUGAACGCAGCCGCCUUCCUGAAGCUGAGCCGCGAGCGGGAGCUGCCCCUUCGGCCCCCUCGGGCCCCGGCGGAGGCAGAGGGGCGAUCCACCGAGCCUCCGGCACCCAAGGUCCUGCGGCCCAAGUGGGCCAAGGUCAACGGCAAGAACUAUCCCAAGGCCCGGCAGGGGGCCGACCCCGGAGAGGCCGGCGGCCCGCCCGGCUGGCAGGAGCAUCCUGACGAGCCCCGGCCAUCUGCGACUCCAUGCGGGCCUUCCGCGCAGCCCCCCUGCCAGCCCCUGAGCAAGGCCCUGGAGAGCCCCGUGGGGCAGCGUCCCCACCUGCCUCUGCUCAUGGGUGGGCAGGCAGCCCUGAAGCCGGAGCCUGGGCGUCCGGGCGAGGAAUCGCCGGCCCCCAAGCAGGAACUGCACCAGCCCUCCUUCCCUGUACCUCAGCUGUCCCCCCUGCCCAUGCCCGGCAACCCCGCCGACUACAGCGGCCUGUGCGCCGGGCCUGAGCUCACGGCGCUGGGCAGCUUCUACCUGUACUGUGGCCAAGAUGGGCUGCAGUGUGGGGGCUACUCCCCCUGCCCCAUGCUCCCCGAGGGGAAGCUGUCCCCGGUGGCCGCCCCCACCGAGGGGCUCCUGCUGGCCCCAAGCUCAGUGCCUUCAGGCACCCCUUUCCAGCACCCACCCUGGAGCUCCUCUCGCUACUGCCCCAGCGAGAAGACGGGAGCCAACGGCUAUAGCAUCUGCGGCGUGCUGCCCCUGCCUCUCACCCACAUCGGCACUGCCUGUGGCGGCUCACCCUACAGAAUGCCUUUCGCAGCAGACGGCUGCAGGUCCCUGGGCCAGCUGGAAUUCCCUCUCCCGGAAGCUGGCCACCCAGCCUCGCCGGCCCACCCCCUCCUGGGAUGCCCUGUCCCCAGCGUGCCCCCCGCGGCGGAGCCUGUUCCCCACGUCCAGACACCUACCUCGGAGCCCCAGACGGUAGCCCGCGCCUGCCCUCAGAGUGCCAAGCCUCCCAGCGGUUCCAAGUCGGGCCUGCGCACGGGCGCCGGCUGCAGACACACGGCCCGCAGCAAGGCCGCCCGCAGGCCCAGUCACCCCAAGCAGCCGCGGGCCCAGCGCCCGCGCCCCCGCCGCCGCCGCCGCACCAACGGCUGGGUUCCCGUAGGAGCCGCGUGCGAGAAGGCCGUCUACGUGCUGGAUGAGCCGGAACCAGCCAUCCGGAAGAGCUACCAGGCAGUAGAGCGGCAUGGGGAGACCAUCCGCGUCCGGGACACCGUCCUCCUCAAGUCAGGCCCAAGAAAGACAUCCACACCUUAUGUGGCCAAGAUCUCUGCCCUCUGGGAGAACCCCGAUUCAGGGGAGUUGAUGAUGAGCCUCCUGUGGUAUUACCGGCCUGAGCACUUACAGGGGGGCCGCAGCCCCAGCAUGCACGAGCCUUUGCAGAAUGAAGUGUUUGCGUCACGCCAUCAGGAUCAGAAUAGUGUGGCCUGCAUCGAGGAGAAGUGCUACGUGCUCACCUUCGCCGAGUACUGCAGAUUCUGUGCCAUGGCCAAGCGCCGGGGCGAGGGCCUUCCCAGCCGGAAGACGGCGCUGGUGCCCCCAUCCUCGGACUACUCGACUCCGCCACACCGCACCGUGCCCGAGGACACAGACCCAGAGCUGGUGUUCCUUUGCCGCCAUGUCUAUGACUUCCGCCAUGGCCGCAUCCUCAAGAACCCUCAGUAGCGUCCUCAUGCCCACACGGGGGGGCUGCCCUCGGGCAAGUGGGGCUCGGGGCUGGGGGUACUGCUUGAAGCACAGCACUUGGUUUAAGGGGCCACGGGGUCCUGAGGUUGCCGGCCUGUGGUUUUCCUGGGAGGGGGUGGGAGGGCAGGGCCCCCCGUGGGUUCUGGGUCUUGAGGGGAGGAAGGAGAGGCCAGGUACAAAAUCAGCGCCCUCAGCUUGGCCCAGGGUGCCUCUCUGCCGUGCCCUGGGUGGAGACUCCCGAAGAAUCAGUCUUCCCUGAGGCUGGGCCAAGGCUGAGGGACAUGCACCAAGGAAGGGCAGGGGCGAGGGGGAUGGGUAAGGCCCUUCCAGAACCAGACAGACCCUUCUGCGGCCUCCC